UCCUUUCUUUCACCACCUAAUAACAUCUCAGCUCUCAUUUUUUCUUUCUCUUUCUAUCUCUCAAGAAUCAAAAGAUGCCUCAAAUCUUGCCUGAUUUCUCAAACUCUGUUAAGCUUAAGUAUGUCAAGCUUGGUUAUCAGUAUCUUGUUAAUCACAUUCUUUAUCUGCUGUUAAUUCCUGUUAUGGUUGGUAUUUCCAUUGAAGUUCUCCGUUUAGGUCCAGAUGAAAUCUUGAAUCUUUGGAAAUCACUUCAUUUUGAUCUUGUUCAGAUUCUGUGUUCUUCUUUUCUCAUAAUCUUUAUAGCAACUGUUUAUUUCAUGUCCAAGCCAAGAACUAUCUUUCUUGUUGAUUAUGCCUGUUAUAAGCCUCCAGUAACUUGUAGAGUUCCUUUCUCUACUUUCAUGGAACAUUCAAGGCUAAUCUUGAAAGAUAAGCCAAAAAGUGUUGAAUUUCAAAUGAGAAUUCUUGAAAGGUCCGGUCUCGGUGAAGAAACUUGUUUACCUCCUGCAAUUCAUUAUAUUCCUCCAAAACCAACUAUGGAAGCUGCAAGAGGUGAAGCAGAACUCGUUAUCUUCUCCGCCAUGGAUUCACUUUUCCAGAAAACUGGGCUGAAACCUAAAGACAUUGAUAUUCUAAUAGUCAAUUGCAGUUUAUUUUCUCCGACGCCAUCUCUUUCUGCUAUGAUAAUUAAUAAAUACAAACUUCGAAGCAAUAUAAAGAGCUUUAAUCUUUCCGGCAUGGGUUGCAGUGCAGGAUUAAUCUCUAUAGACUUAGCUCGCGAUCUUCUUCAAGUUCAUCCAAAUUCAAAUGCAGUUGUUGUUAGCACAGAGAUUAUAACACCAAAUUACUAUCAAGGAAAUGAAAGAGCCAUGCUUCUUCCAAAUUGUCUUUUCCGAAUGGGCGGAGCUGCCAUUUUAUUAUCUAACCGCCGCUCUCAGCAGUGGCGAGCUAAAUACCGGCUUGUCCAUGUCGUUAGGACCCAUAAAGGCGCCGAUGAUAAAGCUUAUCGGUGUGUAUAUGAAGAGGAAGAUAAAGAAGGAAAAGUUGGUAUUAACUUAUCCAAAGAUUUAAUGGCAAUUGCAGGCGAGGCUUUAAAAUCGAACAUCACAACAAUCGGACCGUUAGUUCUUCCGGCAUCAGAACAGAUCUUGUUUUUAUUUACUUUAAUUGGAAGAAAAAUAUUUAACCCGAAAUGGAAACCUUACAUUCCAGAUUUCAAACAAGCUUUUGAGCAUUUCUGUAUUCAUGCUGGAGGGCGGGCAGUUAUUGAUGAAUUGCAGAAGAACUUGCAGUUAUCAACAGAACACGUUGAAGCUUCAAGAAUGACAUUACACCGUUUUGGGAAUACGUCGUCGUCCUCGCUCUGGUAUGAGCUGAGUUACAUUGAAUCUAAAGGAAGGAUGAAGAAAGGAGAUAGGGUUUGGCAAAUAGCGUUUGGGAGUGGAUUUAAGUGUAACAGUGCAGUUUGGAAGUGUAAUAGAAGCAUUAAGACACCACUUGAUGGACCUUGGGCUGAUUGCAUCGAUAGGUAUCCAGUUCAUAUUCCUGAAGUAGUUAAGCUCUGAAAGGGGAUUUAAGAAGAAAUUUUAAAAAAGUUUGUAUUAUUACUAUUAUAAAUAUUAAUUGGGUGGGAUUUGGGUUCUUGUUUGCACCCUUAAAAGGUUUGGGAUUUGCAAUCUGUAUUAUCUCUCUGUUUGCUCUUUCUUUCUCAAUUUCCAUGCCAAAUGUAUUAACUAGUUAUAUAUCCUGAUUAAUUAUAACUAUUUCCUUUUUUAAAA